CAUCAUCAUCAACACUUCACUACAUCAUGGCCUCCCUCCUCCGAUCACGAGCGCCUCGCGCGCCGUUAUUGACAGCUCUGGCAUCGCUGGAGUCAGCUCUCGCCAGCUUUCGAAUAGCACCUGCGACAACAUCGAUAUCAGGACGCCGAAACGCAUCGCAUCAAGCCCAGGGACGAGCCAACGGCGCCAAAGAUGGACCGGGAAAGCGAUUAGGAGCAAAGAAGAGCGGAGGGCAAUAUGUCGUGCCAGGGAACAUUCUGUACAAGCAGCGAGGGACAUUGUGGUUUCCUGGAGACAACUGCUACAUGGGGCGCGACCACACAAUACAUGCCGGCCAGCCAGGCUACGUGACAUAUUAUCGUGAUCCAGCCCGACAUCCAAAACGGAAAUACAUUGGCAUAGUCUUCGAGCGCACGCAAAGGCUACCAGCACCACCGAAUGCGCCGCGGAGGAGGAAGCUGGGCAUGCUGGCAUAUCAGAUGCCACAAAAAGAGGUAUCAGGGGAGGAGACGACCGGCGACAUGACCUUUGCCGAACCACCAGAUACGCCCGAUGCCGCAUCAGCGCCCGCGACCAUCCUCAAAGACCAGCCCAAUGCCUCACGAGAUAUCACCAUCAUGAGAGGACCGAAAGGAGAGAAACACGAAGUGAAGCUCCACUUCCGCCCUGGCAAAUACAUGUACAGAGAAGCGAAUUGGGAGAUUGGCCGAGCAGCGGAGAGAAGCAAGGCUGCUAUGGCUGUGAAGCCAUUUGUUCCUGGAGACAGAUUUGCUGCGUGGAGAAAGAGGACCGCAAGAAAGGCUAGAAGUGCCGAGCGAAGAGCAAUGGGAAGAGCGGGUAAGAAGGGCAAGAAAUAGAUGACAUCUCAAGCCGCCAGAACUUGUACAGACACCAAUUGUAUGACCAUCGCCCGAGUGGCCUUCCCUCACAGCCACACGCCCUUGCCCAAAGCUUGGUAAUAUCGGCAAGGUGGUCACGUCCAGCAGAUCAAGUGAAAUGAGCUGCUGACGAAGAAGUAGACCUGCGUCACGUCGCCAUCCACCAGGCGUGACUUGAUCAUUCGGCCCAGGAGAGCACAUGUGUACGGCGGCGACAAACCCGUUCAGUUACUCUAAUGUCCUGAUCACACCAGCUCAACUUGAACACAACAUACUGACAUCCAGACUUCAUAUUCACAAUCCGAGCGG